CAGAGUGACUCCUCUUCCUCAGCAGAGGAUCUUUGGCUCAGAGUGACUCCUCUUCCUCUCAGAGGAUCUUUGGCUCACAGUGACUCCUCUUCCUCAGCAGAAUGGCAGGCAGCGCGUGGAGGUCAAUGCUGGUGCAGCUGGUGCCGGGCGCCCGGAGAGCCGGCCUGUCGUCCUCCUCCAGGGGGAUGCAGACAGUCACGCUGAUUCCUGGGGACGGGAUUGGACCAGAGAUCUCUACUGCUGUCAUGAAGAUCUUUGAGGCUGCGAAGGCUCCAAUCCGAUGGGAGGAGAGGAAUGUAACGGCGAUAAAGGGACCUGGUGGCCGAUGGAUGAUCCCUCCCGAUGCUAAAGAGUCCAUGGACAAGAACAAGAUCGGACUGAAAGGACCCCUGAAGACGCCCAUCGCUGCAGGUCACCCCUCCAUGAACCUGCUGCUGAGGAAGACCUUUGACCUUUACGCCAACGUGCGACCCUGCAUUUCCAUCGAGGGCUACAAGACUCCGUACACCGACGUCGACCUGGUCACCAUCCGAGAGAACACGGAGGGCGAGUACAGUGGCAUCGAACACGUGAUCGUCGAUGGCGUCGUUCAGAGCAUCAAACUGAUCACUGAGAACGCCAGCAGACGCAUCGCUGAGUACGCCUUCGAAUACGCCAGAAACAACCAAAGAGCCAGCGUGACGGCCGUCCACAAAGCCAACAUCAUGCGGAUGUCAGACGGGCUGUUUCUGAGAAAGUGUCGCGAGGUGGCCGAGGGCUACAAAGACAUCAGGUUCACUGAGAUGUACCUCGACACCGUUUGCCUCAAUAUGGUUCAGGAUCCCACCCAGUUCGACGUCCUGGUCAUGCCCAACCUGUACGGAGACAUCCUCAGCGAUCUGUGUGCCGGUCUGAUCGGAGGACUCGGGGUCACGCCCAGCGGGAACAUCGGAGCCAACGGAGUCGCCAUAUUUGAAUCGGUUCACGGCACCGCCCCCGACAUCGCCGGCCUGGACAUGGCGAACCCCACCGCCCUGCUGCUCAGUGCCGUCAUGAUGCUGCGUCACAUGGGUCUCCAUGACUACGGCAACAAGAUCCAGACGGCCUGUUUCGACACCAUCAGAGACAAGAAGGUGCUGACGAAGGACCUGGGAGGAAACGCCAAGUGUUCGGAGUUUACAGCUGAUAUCUGCCGUCGCAUCCAGGACCUGGACUGAGGCUGCGGUGCUGGACUGCCAUGGGGGUCUGCGCCCCCCCCCCCGCAGACUGGUCGGGUCUCUCUGGAGCUGCGGGGACACGCCGGGAGGCGUCUUUCUACUGUAUUUACAUGAAAACAGUUUUUGCUGUAAUGAGGUGAUGGAUGUGGAGGGGGCGGGGCUUCGUUAACAUACGCACAAAUGUCACAUGACCAAGAAAUCAUUUAGACGUGUUUUUACUCCAAGUAUCAUCAUAUUGAUAAUGUCAGCGCUCUGCUUUGUUGUUUAACGGUGACGCAGUGUAACCGUAACUUAUUUAUUGUUUCCUGUCACGUGCUGAUCAGAGGUCUGUAAGCUCCCGUCUGCUGUUUCUACUCAUUCGGCUUCACGCCGCCGGCCGCUGGCCGCCACCGCCGGCCGCCGCUUCUCUUGCUCUCACACGUUCAGGACUCAUUAAAAAGGCUUUAAGAUUAAA